AUGCAGGAGUUGCUGCUGGACUUGACCCACUUAUCCGAGGCGCAGAAGAAAAGAAAGAAGCGCGACAUCGAGAAGGAUCUCCAGUCCAUCGACAAGCUGCCAGCAGAAGAAAAGGAGGCCAAACUGAAAGAGCGAGAGAUGACGGCGCGGAGCAACCUCGCCAAACGACUGGCCCACCAGCGCAUGAAAGACUCUGCUGCCCUCGGAGAGGUGCCCCAGCGUUUUGAGGAUGAGGCCGAGUACGUCAGCAGUUUCUUGCCGCUGUACUUCCGUGAGGCACAGGCGCAGAUCCAGCGCUGCAAGGACUCAGAGAUGGAGAAAGAGACUGAACAGGUUUCUUUACACGCCUUCCGCCUUGACCCGCCUUUCGUGAAGCUGGAACUCACGCGCACGAAAGAUGCAAUUUCAAUCUCUUGGUACAGCAUCCACGAUUUGGUCCUUGUGACGCAGGGGCAGGAUCUGAACCAACCUCAUCCGACGCACCUUCUGGGCCUCGUGGACCACAGUGUCGGUAAUACCGUGCAAAUCACCGUCUUUGUGGAUAUGGAAGACACCACGCCGGGCUCGCGGAUGAAGGAAGCUGCUAACCUCAUCGCGACCAGGGCGAGCUGGUACAUCUGCAAGGUUACUUCUUUCUCAACUCUGAUGCGUGAAUACGAAGCUCUCAAGGCCGUCCCAGAGAUUUUCCUCAAGGACACCAUCCUCAAUCGCGAGGAGGCACCUGAGCGAGGCGAUGAAGGCUUCGAGAUGCAGGCGGCUUCGGCCCUCGAGGUCGGCGUGGAGCCGGCUGCGGCGAAGAGCGAGGAGACCUUGCACUUGCCCGAGGCCGUUGAAAGCUGGCUGCAGCAGAGGUACAACACCUCGCAACAGAAUGCCAUCAACGACUCCAAGAAGGUCUCUGGCAUUACCCUGGUCCAGGGGCCACCUGGGACCGGCAAGACGACCACGGUCCUAGGCAUCCUUUCAGUGCUUCUGUCCGCCACAGCCACGCAGGGGGCUCUUGCCCUGCAUUUUGCGAGCGCAAGAUGGGAGUUCAAGGCGACCGCCUUCUCGACUGGCGGCGACACGUACUACUUCACGAAAACAGGAAUCUCGGCGUGGGCUGAGGAGCUUUCUGGCCACACUGACGUCAUGCUUAUGAAACGGGCCACAGACUAG